ACGUGCCGUCCGCCCACGACGAUGGAGCUGACCGAGGCGCUGCUGCUGGAUGCGCUCGCGUACCUGGAGUGUUUCCUAGGCUUGCUGUUCUGCGUGCUGCUCAGACUGCUGGGCUUCCCCUACGGCCGCUACGCGCAGCAGUGGCCGGGCCUGCGGGUGCCGGCGCGAGCCGCCUGGGCCGUGCAGGAGCUGCCCUCCCUGGCCUGGCCACUGUACGAGUGCAGCCGAGCAGCCUCCGAGCGUCUGCGCUGCUGGCCCAGUCGCGUGCUGCUGGCCUUGUUCCUGGUGCACUACCUGCAAAGGUCCUUGAUCUUCCCGUUUCUGAUCCGAGGAGGGAAGCCCAUACCCCUGUACUCGUGUGCGAUGGCGUUCCUGUUUUGUGCCUAUAACGGCUACUUGCAGUGCAGGUACCUGAGCCAGUAUGCGGAGUACCCCGACGGCUGGCUCACCGAUCCCCGCUUUCUGGCAGGCUUCAGCUUGUGGUUCCUGGGCAUGCUGAUCAACAUCCACUCAGACCACAUCCUGCGGGAGCUCCGAAAACCAGGGGAGACAGGAUACAAGAUACCCAGAGGCGGCCUGUUUGAGUUCGUGUCGGGCGCCAACUUCUUUGGGGAAGUCACUGAGUGGUGCGGCUUCGCCCUCGCCAGUUGGUCCCUGCAGGGCACCGCCUUCGCCAUGUUUUCCUUCUGCAUUCUGCUAGCCCGAGCAGAGCAGCAUCACCGGUGGUAUCUUGAGAAGUUUGAAGAUUAUCCAAAGUUCAGGAAAAUUAUAAUUCCCUUUUUGUUGUGAAGCAUUGUCAAUGAAAUUACCUUCAACUGGAAGCUUUUCUGUG